CUGAGUAUAUCUGAGCACUGACCUUUUUGGCCUAAGCCAUGGCCGAAAAGCGCGGCCGCGGCGACGCCUUGUUUCGCAAUGUCAACCGUGACGACAGCCUCUGGACAACGGCCCAGCUGGUGACGAAAAGUCCCCUGGAAAAAGCGAAGGCAAAGGAUGCCACCAAGGCGACCUUUUCGGCGACCAAAGUGGAUCUGAAACCACAGAAAGCAGCGAAAACUCGAUCUGCCGAGGAGAUCCUGGCGGGUUUCCGCAGCACCUGGGCCGGAAAGCUCCAAGACACCGAGGACGCGACCGCGGAGGCCGCGGAGACCGCAGAGGCCGCGGAGGCCGCGGCAACGGAGGCGCCUGAGGCCCCGAAGCCGGAACCCUCGCGGUGGUCGCGGUCGCCGUCGCGGUCGCCGUCGCGGUCACGGUCACGGUCCUUGCGAGCCUUGGGGAGGAGGAGAUCGAAAUCUUCAUCCAGUUGAGUGGUGAAGAAAUUGGAAGCUGUUGGAAGAUAUUUGGAUGAUCAUUGCCGAAUGAUUUGAAUGAUGAUAAAUGAUGCAGAAAUAAUUUAAGAUCUAUGAGCUUGUGAGCUUUGCGCUGCUGAGAGCUGAUGGCUGCGUCAUGGCUGCGUAUAUUCGGAGAGUGUUUGAGAGGGC